AUGGACGGCUCGUAUGGCUAUGAGUUUGACGAGUACGACGCCGAGUUUGCGGCGGCGGGACCACCGGCGGGUGACUCGCUGGACUCGGACUCGUAUGGUCGUCGUGGUCGUGGUCGUGGUGAGGUCGAGGCUGAGGUCGAGGUCGGGGAUGGAGCCGGAGCUGCAACAGGAGGCGGAGGAACGGCCAAACCGGCCUUUGAUUGGUCGGCCUUUGGCCAGGUCCGUGAGCUGGAGGAACAGAAUGCAGAGCACGUUCUUGAGCUUGAUGCAUUGAGGAGAGAUAAUGCUCGGCUCCGGGCCAAGGUGGAGGAUCUGGCGGAGAAGGCAGCGCGCAAGUUCCAGCCCGAGUCAUCAGAGAGGGCGCCCGAGCCGGCAGCCGGCGCUGGCGCAUACGACAUGCGCGACGCCAAGAUCGUUAAGCUGACCAAGGCCAAGCGCUCGCUCACGGUUGCACUGGAGCGAGAGCGGACGCGGUCAGCGACAUUGCAGACCCAGCUCGAUGCUACUAAGCCCGGGUUUGAGUUUGCGGUGGCGCAUCUGCCGCCGGCGCGCGCUGCCGAGUUCCGCCAGCUGCUUGGCGGACAGACUGUAGUGUCGCCGGCCAAGAAGAGCAGCGGCAAGAGCAGCAGUCGGAGUGGUGGCGCUGGGCCGCCUGGGCCGGACACCGGCGCCGGACGCGAGCUGGCCAAGUCGCUGUCGCGGGCGCAGGCGCGCAACCGCGAGUACCGACUGGUCAUCGAGAAGCUCAAGACCGAGCUCAAGGCGACCCAGCGGGCGUUGGUCCGCGAAGUGGGCGAUAAUGUGCCGCUGGAGGAGGUCCUUGUGGAGGGCUCCGGGUGGCGCGGGCGGGCCGAGACCAUCUCGCUGCUCUCGGACAAGAUCCGCAAGCUCAAGAAGCAACUGGCAGCCGGAGUCAACUACCUCGACCAGACUGGGGUGCCGACGGCGACGUCAUUUGACGACAAGCAUGCGUCGACCAUCCGGGCGUUGGAAGAGUCCAAGGUCGACCAGAUUAUGCGGCUGGAGCGGACCAUCGAGAUGCAGAACACAGAGCUCUCUGAGCUCAAGCUCAAGAUCCGCGGCAAGGCGUCGCGGACAACGGCGCUGGAGAAGGAUAUGAAGAUGCUCCGCGAAAAGGUCCAGGUCCUCCUCUCCAAGACCUCCAACGACGACGAGCUCAUCCAGGCGCUGCAAGCCAAAUUGUCGACGACCCAGGCGGCGCUGGACGCCAAGCCGCGCAAGUACGGCGCGUCGGCGACCGGCCGCUCACCGUUCCUCACCGAGGUCCCGCCGUCGGCAGCAUCGUCUCGCAACGGGCGCGGCCCGCGCCGGCUGCGGCCGCUCUCGGGCCCACCAAAGCGACCGGCCAAGAUCGACGUCCACACCAUGCCCGAGUACCUCGAGCUUGAGAAGCAGGCCAAGCAGCUCGAUGGCGCGCUGCGCGAGACCCGCAAGCAAGUCGAUGUCCAAGAGAAGAUUGUGCUCCAGCUGCAGCGUGAAGUCGAAGAUCUCCACCACACCAUCGACGAGCAGGCGCACUCGCUCAGCCAGGCCGACAAGGAGCUGCGCGAGCUGCGCGACGAGGCUGCAGAUGCCCGCGCCGCAGCGCGCGCCGCCGCCAUGGCUUCGGUUGUCACGUCGCCGGGCGGCGACAAGGCAGAGCGCGAGAGCCGCGAGAGCCGCGAGGCGGGCGAGACACGCCAAGGUCACGAGAGUCGCAAGCCGCGCGAGGCGAACAAGCCGGGGGUGUACGUGGCACACCCGGAGCUGCUGGAUGUGAUCGAGCUGAAGACGAACCUGGAGGCGCUGGCGCACGAGAACGACGAGCUCUCAGCCCACAUUGAUUCGCUCCGGCACCAGUUGGACGAGACACACAACCACUCGCUCAAGCUCGAGUCUGUCCGGGCGUCACUGGCGUCACAGCUGCAGUCGGCCAAGGAGGCACUGGCGGCGAAGCGGUCUCGCGAGCCGCCCCGUCGCCUCCAGCUUGCGCUCGACACCAACGAGGCGCUCAAGAAGACGUAUGCAGCCCAGAUCGACUCGAAGGAUGACGAGCUGGCGAUGUACCACUCGCUGCUGAAUGAGACCCGCGCAUCGUUCCACGCCGCGCUGGCCGAGGUGAAGGAGCGCGUUGAGACUGAGAUCGAAGAGAAUCGCGCGGCGCGCGAGCAGGACCACAACAGCAGAUUCGGGCAUGGACGACGCCCGUCUCAAAAGCCGCGGAGCAGCCUCAAGCAGAAGAGCCGAAGGUCGUAA